ACAGUCAAAACAUUGCGAAUUGCGAAUACUAUUUGAUGCAAUGCUAAAGAGCUGCAUUAAAACCGUAAAGACCCAAUUCUUAAACCCUAGAAUUGUGAGUCGCUACUCUUCUUCCCCAAACCGGUCAGCUUAUAAUCCUGCAGUUCAAUUUGUCCUGAAUGAAGCUCAGGAAUGUCAAUCCUCGAAAAUCCAGCGCAAUUAUCCUGUUCCCGAGGAAGUGGAAGAAGAGUCUUCGCAUCAACCAGCUCUUCCAAGCAGCCAGAUUUCACAUCCAUGGCCCGAGUGGAUGGACUUAAUGGAGAAACUGUUGAAAAAUGGGUAUUUUGACGAAAUUGGAAACCCUUUCGCCAAUAAUGGACAAUUGGGCAGUAAAGAGGCGAAUUUGAUACGAACUGCUUGCUUGAAUUUUGCUCGCGAUCAGUACCAACUUAUACGAUACUUGUCACGAAAAGACAUUAUGGUAAUUGCUGGGUCUGGAUGUCCGAGCAUGGAUAGGAAAGUUGCAAACUCGGGAAAGCGUCUAAGGGCACAUGUAGGGAUAAAUGAAGGAAAUGUUUGCAGCUCUUGUAUUCUAAGAGGUGAUUGUGACAGAGCGUAUGUGACAGCACGUGAGGAUGAAGGGGGUAGAACCGUGGAUGUUAUGCGCUUUUUGUUGACAUACGGUCUUCAUCCCCUGAUUGGUUCCGUGGAAAAUAAGCCAUCGUUAAACAAAAAUGUUAAAGAAUCUGUCAGAACAUUGUUAAAAGAAAUGGUAGACGUCAAGGUUGAUGAGCAUGACCGCGAAACACCAAACGAAACUACUCAAAAUCGGACUCCAUCUACUCAAGAAAGUGGUGGCAACCAAGACCAGAGUCACACUCAUAUUCCACUAAAGCAAGGUGAUUGGAUUUGUCCCAAAUGCAAUUUCGUUAAUUUUGCUCGAAAUGUCAAGUGCUUGAGGUGUAAUGGCCUAUUCCAGGAAAGGUUAAAAAAGUUAUCAGAAGAACAGGGGGAUCUUCCUUUGAAGAAAGGCGACUGGAAAUGUGACAAGUGCUACUUUCUCAACUUUGCUAGAAAUACGAGGUGUUUGCAGUGCAAGGAGAAUCCUCCAAAGCGGCAGUUGAAUCCUGGCGAGUGGGAGUGUGACUCGUGCAAUUAUAUAAACUUCAAAAGAAAUAUGGUAUGUCUGAAAUGUGACCACAGGAGACCGAUUGCAUCUCAAACCGUGAACAAGAAUAAUCAGACACAGGUUUGGCAUGAGCAAGAGAGGUCGAGUAGGUAUAAGGGCGACGAUUCCUUCAAAUUCGUUGAGAGUGAAAAUGAAGAUCAAAUUGGGUCAAGCUCAAAUCAAUCACCUGGCUUCAAGGACUUUCCAGUUGCUGGAGGUAAGAGCGACUUGUCCUGCGACGUGCAAAAGCAUGACACAUGGAAAAGGGAAAUGGCAGUUAAGAGCAGAGCUGUGAUUCGUGAAACGGAAGAUUUGGGCAGACACAAAGCAUACGUAUUUCAAGGAAGAAGGGAAGAUCCUGCAUCAGGCGUUGAUGACGACAUGGCUGAAUGGUUUGGUAAGGGUCUGGGCUCAAGGAUCUUCGCAGGUUGUUGUAUGAUGCAGGGGAAUGGCUUCUUUUCCUCGAUGAGGUCACUGGAGCAUGGCUGCUGCUAUGGCUUGAAGCAGCCUAUCUAUACUCCAGUUAAUAAUGCAGAACCCAACCUAGUACCAAGGAGCUUCAGGUUAUUGGAAGAGCUCGAGAGAGGAGAGAAAGGAAUAGGAGAUGGAACUGUAAGUUAUGGGAUGGAUGAUGCCGAUGAUGUAUACAUGCAGUCAUGGACAGGAACCAUCAUCGGUCCUCCUAAUACUGUACACGAAGGCCGCAUAUACCAGUUAAAACUGUUCUGUGGGAAAGACUAUCCAGAUAAUCCGCCAAAUGUGAGGUUCCAGACACGGAUAAAUAUGAGCUGUGUAAACCUAGAAACUGGUGUGGUCGAACCCAAUCGCUUCCCUAUGCUUUCUAACUGGAAAAGAGAGUGCACAAUGGAGGAUAUCUUGAUACAGCUCAAAAAAGAAAUGAUGUCUCCCCAAAAUCGUAAACUGUCUCAGCCUCCUGAUGGGAACGAGGAUGCUAGGUUGGAAAAAGGGAUAGUCAUCAGAUGCUGCAUUCUCUAAUUUAACCAAUUAUUAUCAUUAUUAUACAUAAAAAACUGUAAAAUGUCAUGUAGUUUGUGGAAUAUGUAUAACAUACUCACUUCCAUUAUCCAUCCAAUAAUUUGUGUUAUUGUA